AUGUCGACGCUAGACGGCGCAGUCCCGCCCGGCUUAGGCAUCACCAAGCUUCGACUCUGGGACGACCUGCACCGGGCGCACUGCGAGACAAUGCUUCAGCCCAGCUCGUCCGAAUUCUCGGCCUGGAGUGCAGACGACGAUACUAUCGACACCGUCGAGCGCUACAUCCAGCUUUGCACGAAUCUGGGGAACCCGUCCACGUCUCGCGAUUUGCAGCAGGAGGAUUCGGAAGACAGUGACCAGCCACUGGCCGAGCUUGUCAGGACGAAGACACCGCACAGCCAAGAGGAGGGAUUGGAUGUCUUUCAACAAGCAUUGCCCCCGCUGCAAUCCGGCUGCCCCGCAACCGUCUCGGAGCAGGAUGAUGAUGACGAUCGUCAAGAGAGCAUUCUGGAUUGGUUGCUUUCUGACCACCAAAGGGACGCUUUAUCGAGAAAGGACAGUCUCGAGUCGCUUACGACCCCAGUGGCGGGGCCAUCGAGCUGCGCUGGAGGAAUACUAAUGCCUCCUCCCCCACCGAGACCCGGACCAUCUCGACAGAAGCCGCCGCCUUUGGUUGCGAGGAUCAAAGCCAAAGCUCGGCGUGCCAGGAGGAAAAAGCAGAAAGCAGAGUACCGACGACACCUCUUCCUCACUCACCUGGUCCAAGGCACCCAACAAGCUCGACGUCAACUGCAAGCAUUGGCAUCGCCGCUGUCCACGCAAAUCGACAAAGGCAAGGCUGUGCAACCUCGUAGUCCGAAAUGCUGGAAAGACGAGCACGUGGCGCAGCAAGCACUUAUGCACUUUCCAGAAUGCGCCGGAAUGGACCUCGAUAGCUUUGUCGAAAUCGUGUUUGACACGGAUGCACAGUCGACCGAGGUGACAGCGCCGUCGGAUGUAUCGGACGACGAUCUUGCGUGGGCGACCAGGACAGAGAUCGAUACGCGCAAGAUUCUGCGCGGUGCAGAGGUGAUGGUGCCCAAGGGCGUCUUUCGAUGGAUGGUCGCCAGAGACUUUGCAGAGCGCUGGCCGGACAAGGUGCGUCAUGUGCGCGACAAUCCUUGGCCUGGACUGGAGAAGGUCUGGGGCGAUCCGUCGCUCCAAACACCAAAGGGAGGCAUGCGGUACGGAGUCGACGAGGAGCCAAUUCGAUGGCAGAGCGGUCGCCGGAGCAGAUUCAUCAGAAGGAAAGCGCCGUGUAUUGUAGAGGAACGAGGCGGCGAGAUCGUAAAUCCGGCAGUUACUGGGCUGGGGAUCAGCUUUAGCGAUGGCCUAAGCGAGGCAGGUCCGUCCAGUAGCAAUGCUCUGGGACUGUCGCUCUCGAGGGCAGCGACGGGUCUGCCGGGUUGGGCCCAGGUCGACCUCUUUGCUGCCAUUUCGGAGGAUCGUCCCAGACGAGAAGGACCAAAAUAG